AUGAAUGUUGGCACUCUGAUGCUUGCAGAGAACGUUUCUCUAGGCGUCCUUGUCCUUCCACAAGCCCUCGCAAUCCUCGGUCUCAUCCCUGGCCUCCUUUGCAUAUGCUUCCUGGGUAUCAUUACUACAUACACAGGCCAUAUGGUUGGUGAAUUGAAGCUGGCCCAUCCGUCCGUAGCUUGUUACGCUGACUGCGGUAUGCUUAUCAGUGGACCAUUUGGUCGUGAGGUGCUUGCUGUUGGACAAGAACUGGUCCUGGCAUUUGUCAUGGACGUGCAUAUCUUGACACUCGGGGUCGCGAUGAAUGCAAUGACCGAUUAUGGUGCUUGUACGAUCAUCUUCAGUGUUGUUGGCCUGACCAUCUCGUUCCUGCUCGGCUUGCCAAAAACAUUCAAAAACAUCAGCCACUUUAGCUACUUCUUUACGAUUACUAUGAUCGCCAUCAGUAUUCAAAAGCCAGACAUGGGCAACAUCGUUGCUGUGCGACCCAACGUACCACUGGUCAAAGGUCUAGCUCCAGUCAUGGACAUUUUCUUAGCUUACACUGGCCAUGUCGCCUUCUUUUCGUUCCAGUCUGAACUCAAAGAUACCCGCGACUUCCGCAAAGCUCUCAUCUUUGAACAGGGUAUCGCAGUCACGCUCUACAAGCUAAUCUCUGUCAUCAUAUAUUACUACACCGAGACCUUUUGUGGCCUCGCCCGCCCUCAGUUCCGUGUUCCUACUGGUUAG